CUGAUAGUGUUUGCGAUGUGAUUAGUUCGUUCACUGAGGAUUUCUUUCUAGCAAAUGAUUUUUGUUUUCAGUUUAAGAUAUCUAAGAAUUCCAAGUCACAAUUAUAUGUUGAUAACAAGUUAAACCCUUGUUCCUCUUUCAUUUCUUCUUGCUUUGAAUAGUUGAAGACCUCCUCCUAGACUUCUCUUUUUCCUGAAUCAUGAGAGAUGAAAUCGCAACAACAGUUUUCUUUAUCACAAGACUGGUGAAAAAACAUGAUAAAUUGAGUAAACAGCAAAUAGAAGACUUUGCAGAAAAACUGAUGACAAUCUUGUUGGAAACAUACAGAAGUCACUGGCACUCUGAUUGCCCUUCUAAAGGGCAAGCCUUCAGGUGUAUCAGGAUAAACAAUCAUCAGAAUAAAGAUCCCAUACUAGAAAGGGCUUGUGCUGAAAGUAAUGUGGAUUUUUCUCACCUGGGUCUUCCAAAGGAGAUGACUAUAUGGGUAGAUCCCUUUGAAGUGUGCUGUAGGUAUGGUGAGAAAAACCACCCAUUUACAAUUGCUUCUUUUAAAAGCAGAUGGGAGAGAUGGGAACUCUCUCAAGGAGUCAGGCUUGCUGUCAGUAGAGCCUCAUCAGACGACUCCUCCGGCGCUUCCUCCGAUGAAGAAAGUCGUAGCAAAGAACCUCGGACGAUCCCUAAGGUCAGCAACCCGAACAGUACUUAUCAGGUUGAAAACUCGAGACGGCCCUUUCAAUCUUGGUUCCAAAUCCCCUGCAAAAAGAAUAUGACUGAUGGCCAUGUCAGCCUCCUAGGAAAUGCUUACUAUGCAUCGCUUAAGAGUUAUAGGACUGCUGCUAUGUCAGUAGGACACCGGGUGGACAGGUACCAUUGGGUCAACAAACAGAGAUAAAGCUGUGACUGGGUCCGAGGUGGGACAGAGCUCAGAGGAGUGACUCUAAUUUUAUUUAAAACUAAACUGAGUCUAGGCGGAGAGGUCCCUGAAACAAAAAAUAGCCAUAUUAGGGAUUUUAGUACAUGAUGGUAAAAUCUCUAACAGACUCUUCUUAGCUGUACAUAUAGUUCUUAUAUCUAAUUUUACAUAUGAAGUUUUAUAUAACGUUUCAUGUAACACUAAUGAAUGAACCCAACAAGGUAAUAGAAUGAAGAUAUUGACCUGUGAUAAGAUUAAUUAUGAAAAGUAACAAUUUAAAUAAAAGUACUGUGUUUUUAGUCCUUUUCUACUUGUUUAUUGCAAGAAAAUUUUUAAAAGUAUGUACUUACUCGUUCGCCAAAAAAGAAGACCUUCACUUAGGGAAGAUGGAUACUGAUAAUGUAAUAUUCUGACUUCUACUUUGUUACUUUCCACCAUUGUUCUAUGUGACAAAUCAGUAAGAGGUUGUUUGAAAAUUACUGUUAUAGUUCUUUUUAAGAAACCCAACAAAGAAUUUUAUGCCUUCUUAA